CGUCAGAUUCAUGUGUCAAUAUUGGUAUGAUUAAGCAUAAUGUGAAAACAACACAGAUUAAGAGCUAUCAGCAUAGUUGUGCAAAAUCCCUCCAACUACAGUGAUCUUACUUACUUGAUAAAUCAUGGUUUGAGGAAAACAGUAUUGUACAACAAAUGUAAUGAUAGUGAUGACAAAUCAGGAAAAGAUAAGAUACCAUAAACAAGAGUUACACCAAAUGUAACAAGACAAAGAGUCUACAGCCAUCCUGGUUCAUCUCUGUGAGGCUACACUUUUAGGCACAGCUGUGCUUUGAGCUAAAUGCUUGCACAUCUUAGUUUAGUGUUAACACAAACUGCAUCUGAGGAUGACAGGAAUGUCACUAUUGGUUUUGUCAUAAACCAAAGUGAACAAAUAAAAGAUUUGUCCUGAUGAUGGCACUAGAUGACAAGUUUAUCAGGGUGAUAUCUUCCAACAAACCUGAAUGUGACAGGAUGGGGAGCCAUAUCUGAAUGUUGAAUCUGAAGAUUUCUGAUCUAAUUAGGCCACAAAAAAACUGACCGAUUUGUCUUAUUUCACAGGUAGGAAUUGUCGUCGAUACUGACUAUGUAUUGGAUUAGACUCCAUCAUUAUGAAAUGAUAUUUUUAAGAGGGGUAGAAGGCCUGAAGAUGAUCCCCCGAUGGACUCUAGACACUGAUGGUGGUGUGAGGAGCCCGAAGACCGAACCGAGGAGCCGACGGCAGUGCCUGGCGGAGGAGGAACCAGGAGCCGUGCAAAAUGAAGACCAGAGGAGAAAGGGGAGGAGGAGGGUUGUGCUCUUAGCCUGAAAUGACAACUGAGCAGCAGAGAGAGACAGGUUCAAAACAGGGAUGGCAUUCUGUGAUGGCUCGUGAAAUUCAAGGCCGCUUCUCAUUGGUUAACAUGAAAGUGAACGCCUCUAACAGCUGUUCAGAUUAGAAGAGAGAGAAAAGUGAUUAGGUUUAGAAGUCUUCCUGCAAGAAUUUACGCUAAGCUCCAUUAACAAACUAGUUUUAAUUUUUAAUUUUAAUUUUAUCAUUACCCGUCUUGGAAGACCACAUUUAAAUGUUCAGUUUAAUCGUGAAUCAUGAUAAGAUUCUGAGAAUAACGGAACUCCUACAGGAAGCUAUUUAAAAAAAUAAAUUGCCCCAGUUCCUUUUGGGCACCUUACCAUUUUGUCAUUGCAUUUCAACAUUGCACCAACUCAUCUUGGUAAGAUGAGUAGGUGAUAAGAUUCUAAAAUUAAUGCAAAUUUGACAGGAAAUGACCUCUAAAGACAUAUUUCCUCAUUCACUUUAACCAUUCUCUGCACCAUAGCGUACUUGCUUCAAAGUAUUUGCUGCUUUUAGGAAGACAGAAUGAAGAACAACUCUUUUCAUUGCAUCAACUUUGAGUUUACAGGCCAAUUCCUGCCUCCUGUUUACAUCUUAGUCUUCAUCAUCGGUCUAGUAGCUAAUGGAUGGGGAUUAAAGUCUUUGCUGCACAACUGGAAGAAACUAAAGAUCAUCAAUGUUUUUGUUCUCAAUCUCGGACUUGCUGAUAUUCUGUACCUGCUCACACUCCCAUUGUUGAUGGUGUACUAUGUUUUAAAUAGUAAAUGGAUCUUUGGAGACACAUUCUGCAAGAUAACAAGAUUCUGCUUCAACCUGAAUUUAUAUGGCAGUAUCGGGUUUCUUACUUGUAUAAGUGUGUACAGGUACCUGGCUAUUGUCCAUCCAGUGAGAGUGAUGGGAAGAUUAACUCUGACUCACUCUGUGGGGAUCACAGUCAUGGUUUUGUUUUUAGUCAGCGUUCAAAGUCUUCCAGACAUGUUCUACAGCAAAACAUUUGGAAAUAACACUGAGCAAUGCUUCGAUACCACCUCUGACAUCUAUGUGGAUGAUUACAUUAAAUACAGCCUUGGAUGGACAUUCACUGCAUUUUGUAUCCCAUUGCUCAUUACACUGGGCUGCUAUGGACAUGUGAUUGUCGUUCUCUGCCGCACAAAUACCACUGACAAGGUACUGAAACAGAGAAGCUUGAAGUUAUUGUUCAUCGUGAUUCUUCUCUUCUCUGUUUGUUACAUCCCCUAUCAUGUACUGAAGAACCUCAACCUCUGGUCAAGAGUUCUGCUAAAAAAGAAGAUAUGCCGUGAAUGGUCGAAUGGAGUCUACAUUGCUCAUCAGAUAAGUCGUGGCCUUGUGUGUCUGAACAGUGUUCUCAACCCUCUGGUUUACCUCCAUGGAAAUGAAGAUAUUCCUGCUCAGCUCAGACAGCUGCUCCAGCAAGCUCGUCGGAUGGUCAGCUGUCCGCCUCCAACAAACUCUGCUGGUGUGCCUAUGGCACAAAUCACAGAUGGAAGUUAUAGAACAUGUUAAAACAUUUUUCUGUAUGUCAUUAUUUUCUUUCUAUUGCCACAUCUAUAUUACGUUUAUAUUUGUGCUAUGCCAGGGGUCUCCAACGUUUUUUAGGCCAAGGACCCAUUAACUGAGAGAGAAACGGAGAAGGGACCCCUACUACAAAUAUUGUAUAAAAUUCAGUAUAAAAGUUGCAUAUUAAACUGGGCUUACAAUUACAUGUGGGUGGCCUAAAGCAUUUAAACAUACAUGUUUAGUGCAUAGAAUACCAAGCUAUUAAAUAAUUGUUGGCAUGAUUCU